AUGUUCAUCCUUUCACUUUUAGAGUUCGUAUUCAAAAUAGCCUGUUACCUUGGCUUCUUCAUUGCACUGUCACUACUCAUGGUCUACCUAUUGUAGAAUAGGAUGUUAUACAUUCCUGAUGCACCUAAUCAAGCAUUUAGAUUCCCAGAGAAUAACCCUAAGACAUACAGAAAUCCAGGAGAACGAAAUAUGUCAUAUGAGGAAGUUACCAUAAAAACUAGUGACAAACUUAAACUUGCAGGAUGGUUUAUCAAAUAGAAGAACCCCCUUUCCCACGAGACAGUGAUUUAUUACCAUGAAAAUGCAGGCAAUAUUGGAAACAGAUUAUAUGCAAUCGAAGCUCUUUACUUCGAGUUAGAGGUCAAUAUAUUGAUUGUAGGCUAUCGUGGCUAUGGACACAGUGAGGGAGCCCCUACAGAAGCUGGACUUGAGUUAGAUGCUGAAGCUAUCUUCUAGUUUGCUUUAGAUCAUAAGGAAAUAAACAAUCAGAAACUAUUUAUAAUCGGUAAAUCUCUUGGAGGUGCAGUGGCAAUUUAAUUGGCUGAGAAAAAGUAAGACUAGAUCUGCGGCAUGAUUCUUGAGAACACUUUCUGUUCAAUCUCUGAAAUGGUUGAUCAUAUUUUCCCGCUCAUUGCCCUUUUCAAGAGCAUCAUAUAAAGAAUAUAUUGGCCAUCUAUUGACAGAAUUCCUAACAUUAAGGUUCCUCUACUUUUUAUAGGGGGCCUCAAUGAUGAGAUUGUCCCUCCAACUCAUGUUAACAGGCUAUUUGAGGCAGCUAAAAAUGCUGCUUUCAAAUAGAUGUACUAGGUUCAUGGUGGAAUGCAUAACGAUACAUGGUUUAAAGGAGGCAAAGACUAUAUUUAUGCAAUCAAAGACUUCAUCGACAAGGCAAGUGAAUAUAGAGCCAAUAGAGAUAAUAGUAACAACAGAUCAAGUUAUGUAUCUAAUUCAACAAUGCCUAAUUAGGGAGGAGUUGGCAAUCAAGGACCAUAACUUAGAAGACCAAUAAAUCUAAACAAUGAGUUUAAUUGA